GACCAUUCAGACCCUUCACAAAGGCGAGGUACGAAUAGUAUUGGCUACGAGUGUCCGGCCGUAUCGUCCGGGGUGGACAUGCACCUGCCAGCGGCAUGUAAACGCGAUGCUCAGGCGCUGGUGACUUAUGAUACUGUUGACCGCACGGAGCACGCCAUUGAUUUCAUUGAUGAAGAGAAAUAAAUAGCAAAUGCCAUCAGCCAUUUCCUCGCCCUCGAUACAUCUCUACACUCCGAACCGAACCAACAAUAACUAUACAGACCCCAACAUGUCAGCUCAGAACCAGCUUCCUAGCCUUCACGUGGACAAACUUCGAGUUGUUGCACAUACGAUGGGGCCAGUAGUCCCUGGUGGUCAAUUGAGUCAGAACCAUUGGUCUAUCUAUCUCAUUCUGGCCAAUGGAGCAGGCUCCGUCCGAUUCAGCAUGACAGCAGACGACAGAAAUCCCAAGAAUGAGCAAGGCAUCUUCAAUGUCACACAGCAUAAUUACCAAGUCACAAACAGCUGCGUUCAGUUCUGGGAUUUUCCGACUCGUGCCAAUCUCACUGUGGGCGCCUUUCUUCGCAACAUUGGAGAACAUGGCCGCCAACGGUACCGUAUGACGAGCAAUGGUACUGGCUGCCGUUAUUGGGUAUCGUGUCUCAUACACGACUUCAGUCAAGCUGCAUUUCUCAGCCCAGAUGCAUACGAAUUUCUCCAGAGUGUGAUACAAUACAAUUACUCGCGCCAACAGACGCCUAUAUACUUGCCUAUGCAGACUGACAACUUCGGAGCCCGCCACAACGCCAAUUCUCCACAUGCCGCAAUGGAGCCGGACUUCACCAGCAAAGACUCUCAAAGCCACAUCCGAGAACUGUGCCAUGCCGCGAGAGAAACCAGAUUGAAUGUCAUCAGUCCUCCGGAAACCACCAAUCUGGUUGUCAAAUUGACGGCCAAUCUUGCUGUUAAAUGCGGGCCUGGGGUCACGAGAGCAGAAGCCUACGCGCUGAAGUUCGCGACGGAACACCUGGAUUCAAGCAUCGUGCGUGUGCCUUCAUUCGUCCAAUUCUUCGCAGACGAUGCAGAUAUUUGGCCCACUGGCUACCUUGUUAUGGCUUUCGUAGACGGAAACACGCUUGAGGGAAGUACAAUUGACGACGUGAGCAUCGCUCGGAAAGUCUUACGAGCUAUGCAACACAUCCAUAGCUUCACCGGCACAGUACCUGGUCCAUUGGAUCGAACUUCUGCGCGUGGUCUGCUCUGGUCUGACUAUGGCGCUGGUCAGCCCUUUGAGUCAGUCAGGAAAUUACAGGAGUAUCUCGACACCAGGCUUGCGAAUUUCGGACCAAGCAUUCCACGAAUCGACAUAACCGAGUCUGCAUUGUGCUUUUGUCACAUGGACAUUUCUCCCCGGAACAUGGUUUUGGACGACCAAGGUCAUCUAUAUCUCCUAGACUGGGGUUUUGCAGGCUUCUACCCAUCGAUCUUCGAGCUGUGGUCAAUCGCGUUCGAAGACCACAUCAGACCUCAUCCGCUCAUGCUUCACCUUACAUCCCUACUGCAGGACACUGCUACUCCAAGGCAACUGGACGAGGUGCAAGCUUUGAACAGGGUAUACGCAGCAAAUCAGCGUUAUUCAUUCCAUAAUCCCGAUCGAGAGGCGGAGACACGCUCCAUACUGGAGGCUGCCGGCAUCCAGCUCUAAGCUAUGAAUCGAUCAGUUCGAAAAUGAGACCAUAAGAGACAUGCCAGUAUUCAUCCACGUGUUGCAAUUAUGGGUUCCAGCAAUAUCGGCAACAACUCAGACGCAUCGCCCUCGAAAAACCAGUCGCCAUCUCGGAGGCCAGCUUGCCGCUUAACAUUGGCGUCCGCGUUCAGGACGCAAAUUCGCGCCCCACGAGCCCGAGCCACAUUGAUGUAGCCCGCCGCCGGGUAAACCUCCGCCGACGUCCCUACAACAAGCAUGAUGUCGAUACCGUCAGGUCUGCUGAAGCAUUCUCUCACCAUCUCCAAGAUGCCGGCAUCCAGCUUCUCACCAUACCAUACGACGCCUGGCCGCAGAGGAAGAUUGCAUUGUGGACAACCUGCAACCUCUAGAUCCUUGCCACUGCGAUC